GGACAAUGCUGGUGUUUGUGCAACGGCCCCUGAGUGGCGGCUGGCUCUCUCAGAUCGCUCUCGCUUGACUACCAUUGCUGCACGCAUUGUUGAAGUCAAAGGAAAGUGGACAGCUUGAUCCCGUCUGUGGGAUGCACCGACAGAGGCAGUGGGGGAGAGAUUGGGUUUUGGUGUGAGGUACAGCAAAGCAUUGAGGCUGGCCAUAAGACACAGAUCCAACAUAGGGGGUUUUGGCCACAACAGGAAAAAAAGGGGCGUCCACCCAUGCCCUACCAGGGAGAAGAAGAAGAAGGCGGUCCAGUGCUGCCCCAUUAAAAGAAGCAGUGAGCCAAUUUGAGGCGUGGGUGGGCAGGUGAGGGUUGAGCUGUGGUGACAACUUUGGGCUGCGUGCCGAAGUGUGGGAGGGAAGAGGAAGGAGGAAAAGGAAGACGAGGAGGAGGAGUACGUGGAGGAGGAAGAGGAGGAGGAGGAGGAGGAGGAGGAGAAGAGGAGUAGUGUGCCGGGGCCUGGAGCCCAAACACAAGCAGGAUGGCGGAGAAGAAAGUUAGCAGCCUCCCUGCUAAGCUGAUUAAUGGGGGCGUGGCAGGCCUGGUUGGUGUGACAUGUGUAUUUCCUAUUGACCUGGCCAAGACCCGCCUACAGAACCAGCAGGGCAUCCAAGUCUACAAAGGAAUGCUGGACUGCCUGGCAAAGACGGUACGCUCAGAGGGCUAUUUUGGAUGCUAUAGAGGUGCAGCAGUGAACCUCACUCUUGUAACACCAGAAAAAGCCAUCAAGCUGGCUGCCAAUGACGUCUUCAGACAGAAACUCUCUAAGGAUGGGCAUUUGCCCCUGUGGGGGGAGAUACUGGCAGGGUGUGGGGCUGGGACCUGUCAGGUGGUAGUCACCACUCCCAUGGAGAUGCUUAAAAUCCAGCUACAGGAUGCAGGAAGGCUCGCUGCCCAGAGGCCUGUUCCAACUCCAGCUCAGGCUGCUGCUCCUGGUCCAGCUCCAUCGCUGGUGGCCCCCGCAGCAGCGCAACCGAGCCCUCCUCCACGGCCCUCAGCCACUGGCAUCACUGUGAAGCUGUUGAAGACUCGUGGACUCGCGGGCCUCUACAGGGGGGCAGGAGCCACCUUAAUGAGGGAUGUCCCCUUCUCAAUGAUCUACUUCCCGCUGUUUGCCAACCUAAACACGCUGGGCCGGGAAAGCCAGGGUGACGUGCAGUCCCGGGCACCGUUCAUGCAGUCCUUUAUGGCAGGCUGCACCGCAGGCUCAGUGGCAGCUGUGGCUGUAACCCCACUAGAUGUCAUAAAGACUCGCCUGCAGACCUUGCAGAAAGGAGAGGGGGAGGACACAUACAGAGGAAUUAUUGACUGCACACGGCGCAUCAUGAGCCGGGAGGGCCCCUCAGCAUUCCUGAAGGGUGCAACGUGUCGUGCUCUAGUCAUCGCUCCUCUUUUCGGCAUUGCGCAGGGUGUAUACUUCCUUGGGGUAGGGGAGAUGGUGCUAGGUUUGCUGGGAUAGCAGGGCUCGUCAUUGGUGGCGGUGGUUGUGAAGCCUCUGUACAGGUGAUUUGCUGCUUUAAUCUGCAGUGAAAAAGUGACACAACUGGGUGAACGGUGAAUACAGAGGGGGGGAAAUGAGGCCACUAAACAAAGGAAGAAGGAACGGUCAGAUAGGAAGAGGCUCUAUUUACUAAUAUGUGGACCAGUGGGUUCACACUAAUCCUGUUUCUCUAGGUUUUUACAUGCUGUCAACAUGAUUCUGUAGGUUAAACAGGGUCCUGUGUGUGGGUGUGACUAAUCCGAGGCUAUGUGUCCCAAAUUGUCUGGGUUAUCCCUGCGUACUUGCUGUAAUAUGUCUGGGGACUGUUCCUUUAUUCUGUCUGGUUUUGCUAAGAGAGAGCUGCUGCGUGAUGUCUGAGGCUGUUAACUAAAAUGCCAAGCAAUCUGACCAUUUGUUCGGUCAUGAUGAAAAACUGUGCAUCAUCCAUAUGUUAAGGGACACAUUCCCCUCUUAAUCUUUAUUAAAAGGUAAUAUUGUAUAACAUUUGAUAUCAGUCUGAACUGAGUAUUAGGGCUUCACUUCAAAUGACAAUCACUUAGAUUUCGAUGUUCGAUGUGUUUCUCUGGAAGGAGCUUGAUCUCCUGCCUACCGCGUUAUGCGUUCCUCCCACUCCAUCCGUGGGGUGUGAGUUGUAAUCUUGGAUUCCUUCACCGGAUUGGGAGGUUCUGGCUGCCAGUGUCUCUAAGGUCAUUUGUUAAUCGGAUGGUAAUGCUUUAAUCCCUGUAUUAGCGUACAAUAUACCCUAACACGCAGCUCACUUCCUGCCUAAAGGCCUCAGGUUAGACUGCUGGGCCGCUGUCUCGUAGCCUUGACUUCCUCUUCUCCACAGCUUGGAAGGGUUUAAAUAAAACCCAUGAGAAGCCUAGGGCUGAUUUUACUGCUUAGUCACACAUGAAAGUAUGUUGCUUGAAAUGAUGUACGCACAACAACUAAAAUAAAUGCAAUUAAAGCCUUAUCAAUACGGAUAGUUUGUAAAGCAAGUCUUAAAUGAAUUCAGUGGAAUUGGUGUUGUCGAUUUGGUACUUGAGUCCAAUUUAACAAGGACAAUUAUAUUUGUUCAACCCAUGGAGGGAGUAUGGCACCUUGUCUUGCCAACUGUUUGCCAGUUUGCCAUUACUUUAGUCCACUGGGUGUCACUAAAAGCUUCUCUCUCUCUCUUUUUUUUUUUUUUUUACAUUUUUAAUGCAACACACAUUUUGACGUGGCUAGUGUACCUAGGCUGCUACAUUUUCCUCACUGUAGAAUGAACAUAGCCCGAGUAAAAUGUUUGUUUACAAGCUGUAAAUAAAGAUAUCUCAUACAUGCUGA